ACAGCCACAGUCAAUAAAUAUGCAUAUAGACCCGCGUCGAGUACGAGCUAUAACCCUCCCCACCUCAGGAAAUCGAUAGAAAAAAAAUAACCCCGCUGCUUUCGUAUCGUCACAACGCUGCCGCGUCAUUUCGCGAAUUCGUCAUCACAACACUCACCAUGCGCACUGUCUUCACAGUAGCAACGACGGCAGUACUCUGCUCCCUCGUCUCCGCCCUACCAACAUCCAACCUCGACCCACGAGCAGGCGGCCCGGCAAUCGUACCCAUCCCCUCCACCUGCACCGUCACGCCCCUCGCGCCACCCACCACCAGCAGCAGCAGCAGCAACAAUAACAACCAGUCCUUCCUCCCCGCCCCCGGCACCACCGACGCCUCCCUCUACAGCGCCUACUACCCCUCCUUCUCCUCCAACAAAACACAAAUGGCCCAACAGUGCCUCCAGCAAUGCUACGGCUACGGCGACCAUGUCGAGUGCAAGACGGCGUUUUGGGCUGAGAACGUGCUUGUGCCCCCGGGGUAUUAUGGUACCCAGGGCGGAUAUCUGGCUACCGCUUGCUUGAUGUUUGAUCGCUUGUUGGGCCAGGGAGAUUUUGUCGCGGCACCCGAGGGGCAGGGGACUGGGGCAUUUGCCGCGACGGUCGAGUGUUGAUGUGAUGAUGGGGUGUGAUGGAGUAUGAGACACGAGGUAUGGGAAUAGGUUGGCGUUUUUUUUUCGGCUUCGUGAGGGUAACAUGGGUUUACGAAUAUGGUUGAACACACCAGGAUGACAUUGGGAUGGAUGAGUUUGAUGGAUACGUAAUGAUUUCGCUUACAGCGUGUUUUUGUUUUGUUUUCAGAAGCGACAAACUUUUAGAAUAAAACUCAAUUCAAAAAUCAGACAUGAUGGAUAAUA